AUGUCGCUCAACAACCUAUUUGGUGAACAUGUAUCCGAACAUCCUAAACCUGACGGAAUCACUUUUACAUACGGGACUGCCGGGUUUCGAAUGAAUGCCAAGUACUUGGACUACGUCAAUUACACCGUGGGCAUUCUCGCUUCAUUAAGAUCCAAAAGCCUUGGAGGUAAAACCGUUGGGGUGAUGAUUACUGCCUCGCACAAUCCUCCUCAAGAUAAUGGGGUUAAAGUAGUGGAUCCAUUGGGCAGCAUGUUGGAGAGUGAAUGGGAAACUUAUGCGUGUCAAUUGGCCAACUCCAGUGCGGAGGACUUGGCGAGCACAGUUGAACAAUUGUCGAAAGAGUUGAAUAUCGACUUGAACAGCGCAAGCAGUGUUGUUAUUGCUAGGGAUUCCAGAGCGAGCAGUCCAGCGCUCAACAAAGCCACCAUUGAUGGGUUCAAAAGUGUUCCAAACACGCAAUUCGAGGAUUUUGGGUUGUUAACCACGCCCGAAUUACAUUAUAUCACGAGAACUUUCAAUGAGCCUGAAUUUGGCGAGAGAAAGGAAGACGGAUACUACAAGAAAUUAGCAACCUCAUUCAAAGAAAUUUUUAACAUUUCAAACAGGGGUAACAAGCUUGAUAUCACAAUUGAUGCAGCAAACGGUGUUGGUGCACCAAAAAUCGACACUCUAUUGAAAAAGUAUCUUGCCGAUGAAAUCAAAUUCAACGUUGUGAACGGAGACUACGAAAAGCCAGAGUUGUUGAACUACGAUUGUGGUGCUGAUUUUGUCAAGACAAAUCAAAAGUUACCGAAGAACGUUCAACCUGUUUCGAAUAAGCUUUAUGCAUCUUUUGAUGGUGAUGCCGAUAGGCUCAUUUGUUAUUUCAAGGACUCAAAUGAUGCAUUUGUUCUUCUCGAUGGUGACAAAAUAUCAACGUUAAUUGCUUUGUUUUUGCAACAAGUCUUCAAGAACAUUGAUUCAAGUAAAUUGAAACUCGAUAUUGGCGUGGUGCAAACAGCCUACGCCAACGGAUCCUCCACCAAGUAUGUUGAAGAAGUAUUGAAGUUGCCAGUUCGUUGUACCCCUACUGGUGUGAAACAUUUGCAUCACGAAGCAGAAAAAUUUGAUAUUGGUGUUUAUUUUGAAGCAAACGGACACGGCACUGUUGUUUUCAAAAAGGAAGCCGAGCGCAAGAUAUUCAAUUACAAAGCAAACUCACCAAAAGAAGAAACUGCAGUCAAAGUUUUACAAAACUUUAGUCAAUUAAUCAACCAAACUGUUGGUGAUGCAAUCUCUGAUCUUUUGGUUGUUUUGAUUAUAUUGCAUUAUCUUGAUUUGUCGCCGGAGCAAUGGAAUAAGGCAUAUUCUGAUUUGCCAAACAAGUUGAUCAAGGUUGUUGUCCCAGACAGAACUAUUUUCAAAACGACAAAUGCCGAACGAACCUUGGUUGAGCCUAAAGGUUUACAAGAAAAAAUUGAUCACUUGGUGGCAAAACACCCACAAGGACGUUCAUUCGUGAGGGCUUCAGGUACUGAAGAUGCCGUGCGUGUUUAUGCUGAAGCACAAACAAAGGAGGAUGUUGAUGCAUUGUCCAGUGCGGUUGCUGAUUUAUUAAAAUAA